UUAUUUCCUUAAAUGAUGAUAUGGGCAAAGGUUGUAUAUGUUAUCAUGUUGUGGUUUAAAGAAUUAUUUCUGUGUGAUUUACCUAAUCUGUUGUGACUGGAGCGCGCGCACGGCUUGACUGCAGGAUUGCGACUAAACUGCGAUCGCGCGCAUUCUCUCUCUCUCUCUCUCUCUCUCUCGGUUUAGUUCUAUCUCAGAGUGAGUCGGGCACCAGAUGCCAUCACCUGUCGCGAGGCUCAACACUGGUGUGGAGCGAGAGCGCGCACGCACGGGCUUGUCCUGUGGCUAAUUUAACAGACACUGUCGCUGACAGAUUCAACAAUGUUUUUCUGUGUUUGUUAUUUUUACCUACUCUUCUUGUCUCCUUCGUGGGAUGUUUCACUCCUCCCUGCGUUUUACUGAUCCAUAGGCUAUACUCAGAUCCAGCAUGGGGUCAUUUAACCAAUCCGGGUGGACGGGGUUCAUCCCCGGGGAUCGUAACUCCUCUUCCACUGGACUGGGAUUUUCAGGAACUCCAGGUGGGAAUUACACCGGGAACGUGUCGGAUCAAAGCAUGCCUUUCCAAGGGAGCAGCACCAUGGUCACCGCGGUCAUAUCGUUCACCGUGUUUAUCGUCGGACUUACCGGCAACACUCUGGCUAUCUACGUGGUUUUGCGCUACGCAAAGAUGAAAACGGUUACGAACAUCUACAUUUUGAACCUCGCCGUGGCCGACGAGCUGUAUAUUUUGGGCCUCCCGUUCCUAACGACGCAAAACGUACUCUCCUACUGGCCGUUCGGCUCGUUCCUGUGUCGCGUCGUGAUGACGGCGGACUCGCUAAAUCAAUUCACGAGCAUCUUUUGUUUGACAGUGAUGAGCAUCGAUCGCUAUUUAGCAGUCGUGCAUCCUAUCCGCUCCACUAGGUGGCGCCGGCCGCGAGUAGCUAAAGCGGUUAGCGCGGCGGUGUGGGCGUUUUCGUUCGUCGUCGUUCUUCCCGUGGUGAUAUUCUCUGACGUUCAGGACAUGUUCAACUCGUGCAACAUGAGUUGGCCGGAGCCGCGGGACGUUUGGUCGACGGCGUUCAUCCUCUACACGGCGACGCUCGGAUUCUUCGGCCCCCUGCUGGUCAUCUGCAUGUGUUACCUUCUCAUCGUGGUCAAGGUGAAGUCGUCCGGUGCGCGAGCGGGAUUUACCAAGCGCAGGCGCUCCGAGCGGAAGGUGACCCGCAUGGUGGUGAUAAUCGUGGUGGUGUUCGUCCUCUGCUGGCUGCCGUUCUACAUCAUCAACAUCGUAAACCUGGUGUUCAUACUCCCGGAGAACAGCGUGAUGGUAGGCGUCUACUUCUUCGCCGUCAUCCUGUCGUACGCCAACAGCUGUGCCAAUCCGCUGCUCUACGGGUUCCUGUCCGACAACUUCAAGCAGAGCUUCCGGAAGGUCCUGUGCGUGCGCAAGGCGAAUGGCGUGGAGGAUGGCGAUCCCAGCUUGCCGCGGACAGAGAAGACGACGACCCACGACUCCUUCCUGACCCCUCGGAACAAUGACUUUAAUGGACACGUCCAGGGCAGCCAGGAUCUGCAGUUAGAGUCUUGCUUGAGUGCGUCUGAGAGCCCUCAGCCUGCAAGACCCCAGAUCAUUGGCCAGUCCACACUCUAAAUGCUGUUUCUCUCUCUGUCUGUCCGUUCCAUCUUUCUCUAUGCUCUAUUGUCUCACCGUCCCUCUGUCCAUCAUCCCUUGGAUCAUGUCUGUCUGUCCGCCUGUCUCUUCUUCUGCGUUGUUGUGGAAGGUGUGGCCUCAGCCUCAAGCCACGCCCCCAAACGUCCCAGCGACCCCACAUUCCCGCGCAGCAGAGCUCAGUCUGCACCCGGUGCCCGUCGUCUCCACGCCCAGCUCCAGUCGGGACCCGUGACCCCGGGAACAAUGCCAGGAUGCUUUGUUUUGGGUGGAGGGUGUCCUCACGGCCGUGGGAAACCUGGGAACGGCCUAAAAAAUCAUAUAAAAACAGUUUUUGAACAGAAAUGAGUGCAAUCUCUGUAAAAUGACAAACCACACAUCGAGUCUGAGACCACUAGUGAAAAUCUUCAAAUCCUUUAAACACAAAUAUACGACUGUGAGAGGAAGCAAUGUCACGUGUUCAAUGUCACAAAAUUUGUGUAUUUGAUGAGUGGCGUUCUAAAUGUUUUCUUAUUGUACGCCAUUGCGUUUUUUUUGUUUAACAUUUUUCGAAACCCAAACACGCUCUGUUUAUUUUUCUGGUUUCAAUCCCAUGAGGAAUCCUAGAUUUUCACCAUGGUCUCAGACUUUUGGGCCCCACUUUUAAACACACUUUAAAAAAGGAUGAGAGAAAAGAAGAGGGAUUUAGAAGAGAGACGAGACUUUAGACGCAAGCCAAGGGGAUUUAGAGAUGAUGAAUGUUGCUUCACACACACACACUCGAAAACAAUCAAUUUGCAGCAUCAAACACACAGUCACCUUGUCCUCUUUCUCCUUUAUGAUCAAACUAAUGAUUGAUGUGAAGAGGAAUAUAAAAACACACACACACACA